AUGACCAAAGCCACGGCCGCUGCACCAUUUUUGCUUCACAGGGAGGGUGCCCGUUUUGGCCCAAUCACCCUGCCGUGUUUGUCCGUGUGGCACCAGACACAAAAGGAGCCAAGCAUGCAGCCUCUUCCCAUGCUGGCACCAUCUUUGCACGCGCCACCAUCACCUCAGAUAGGUGCUGCUGCUCCGCCGUCCGGUCUGGGCUGGAAAGCCUGCCACUUAUUGCCCAUGACAGGCCUUGUCUUCGCAAGCUACAAAAGGUCUGGCUGGGUGACUCGCCACCAAAGAGGUCCCAAGAUUGAGGCACCAACUUCCACAAACAAUGAGAUGAAGGAAUUUCGCAAGAAAUUCUUGAAGAAAUUUGGAGAAGAUGCCAUUGUGAACUUUGAUCAGACAACUGCGCAAGUGCCCGUGUUUUCCACAGGAGCUUUGACCCUGGAUCUGGCCCUGGGUGGUGGUUUGCCAUAUGGAAAGUUGGUGGAAGUCUAUGGACCUGAACAAAGUGGCAAAACAACCUUGGCUUUGUCUUGCUGCGUGUCUCUACAGAAGUCGGGACGUCGCAAGAACUGCGCUUUCAUUGAUGUAGAGCACGCUUUGAAUACGGACUACGCGAGGCAGAUGGGUCUGGAUUUGGAUCACUUUACGGUGACUCAACCCAAUUCUGCAGAGGAGGCCUUAGACCAGGCAAACGCAUUUGCCUCAUCCCAUCUGUUUGACAUCAUCGUGAUCGACAGUGUGGCGCAGCUGGUUCCACAGGAAGAGGGUGAGAAGACCAUGGGUGAACGGACUAUUGGUCUGCGAGCGAGGUUGCUGAGUCAGUUCUGUCGCAUAGUCAUUCCAGAACUCACCUCUUCCGAAACCACGGUGAUGUGCAUCAACCAGCUUCGGGCCAACAUUGGUGGCUAUGGCUUGUCAGAAGACACCGUGGGUGGCAAGGCCAUCAAAUAUGCUGCUUCGGUGCGCAUGGAGGUCCGGUCUCCACAGUCCGGAAAGAUUGGACCAGCAGAACAGCCCACUGGGAUCCGUUCCAAAGUGAAGGUGGUGAAGAACAAGUUGGCAGCACCAUACCGCACCGCUGAAUACGACAUGAUCUUUGGCAAAGGGAUCUCUUGGACAAGCUGUUUGGUGGAGGCUGGCCUUAGCAAGGGCCUAAUCCAGAAGAGCGGAGCUUGGUUUGUGUACAAGGAACAAAAGGUGCAAGGCAAAGAGAAGAUGACUGAGUACUUCGAGGAUCAUGACGAGGAACGGCAGGAGCUGGAGGAUGCGAUUCGAUCCCAGUCCCAGUCGUCCCCAAAGGCUGAUGCCGAAGUGGUCGAUCUCGAGGUAGAGACGGAUGCAGCCGCGGUGACCAAAAAGGACACGGUGGCCAAGGCCUCCAAAGCUUCCAAGGCCUCCAAAGCCGCCUCCAAGGCCUCCAAGGCCGAGGAAUGA